GGAGCCAGCCGGCAGGGAAACACCGGCACCUUAUCCGCUUUGAAUAAAUCCUCCCCUUUCCCUUCCUACCUGCGCCGGAAAAACACGAGGAAAAAAGAAAAAAAAAAUUUAAAAAAAAUAAUUUGUUUUUUUAAAGCAGGGCUGGCAGGAGGAAAUAGGAGAGAAGGCAGGUGCGUAGGGCUGCCUCUGCCGGCUGCGGGAGGUGGAUGAAGAGCUGCCGCCAUGGAGCACAUCCGGAUGCCCAAGGUGGAAAAUGUUCGGUUACUUGAUCGUUUAUCUUCAAGAAAAGCUGCACUGGGAACUUUGUAUUUAACAGCUACCCAUGUCAUAUUUGUGGAGAAUGGUUCUGAAGCUCGGAAAGAAACCUGGGUUCUUCACAGCCAAAUUUCCUCCAUCGAGAAGCAGGCCACCACUGCCACUGGCUGCCCACUGCUGAUCCGCUGCAAGAACUUCCAGGUCAUCCAGCUGGUCAUCCCUCAGGAACGAGACUGCCAUGACAUUUACAUAUCUCUGAUACGUCUAGCACGACCAGUGAAAUACGAGGAGCUGUACUGUUUCUCCUUCAAUCCAAAAUUAGAUAAAGAGGAACGAGAACAAGGCUGGAAGCUGGUGGACCUCAGUGAAGAAUAUAAUCGGAUGGGUGUUCCCAACAGCUAUUGGCAGAUCAGCGACGUAAACAGAGACUAUGGAGUCUGUGACUCUUACCCUACGGAGGUGUAUGUGCCAAAGGCUGCGACUGCACACAUCAUCGUGGGGAGCUCUAAAUUUCGGAGCCGAAGGCGUUUCCCAGCUCUUUCCUACUACUGCAAGGAUAACAAUGCAUCCAUCUGUAGAAGCAGCCAGCCUUUGUCUGGCUUUAGUGCUCGAUGCCUUGAGGAUGAGCAGAUGCUCCAGGCCAUUAGAAAAGCAAACCCAGGGAGUGAUUUCCUAUACGUUGUUGACACUCGGCCCAAACUCAACGCUAUGGCAAACAGAGCAGCAGGGAAGGGGUAUGAGAACGAAGACAACUACUCCAACAUCAAGUUCCAAUUCAUAGGCAUCGAGAACAUCCACGUCAUGAGAAACAGUCUGCAGAAAAUGCUUGAAGUUUGUGAGCUGAAAUCGCCUUCAAUGAGUGACUUUCUGUGGGGCCUAGAAAAUUCGGGCUGGCUGAAGCACAUCAAAGCCAUUAUGGAUGCCGGCAUCUUUAUUGCAAAGGCUGUGGCUGAGGAAGGUGUGAGUGUGCUUGUUCACUGCUCUGAUGGCUGGGAUAGGACAGCCCAGGUUUGCUCUGUAGCGAGCCUUCUCUUGGAUCCACAUUACAGAACUAUGAAGGGAUUCAUGGUGUUAAUUGAAAAAGACUGGGUUUCCUUUGGGCACAAGUUUAACCACAGGUACGGCAAUUUAGACGGAGACCCGAAGGAGAUCUCCCCUGUUAUUGACCAGUUCAUCGAGUGUGUCUGGCAACUGAUGGAGCAGUUCCCUUGUGCCUUCGAGUUCAACGAGCGGUUCCUCAUCCACAUCCAGCACCACGUCUACUCCUGCCAGUUUGGGAACUUCCUGUGCAACAGCCAGAAGGAGAGGCGGGAGCUGAAAAUCAAAGAACGAACGUAUUCCCUGUGGGCUCACCUGUGGAAAAACCGUGCCGAUUACCUGAACCCUCUGUACAGACCAGACCAUGGCCAGACCCAGGGGACCCUGCGCCCACAGAUGGCUCCUUGCAACUUCUUGUACAAGUUCUGGAGCGGGAUGUACAACCGCUUUGAGAAGGGGCUGCACCCGCGACAGUCGGUCACCGAUUAUCUGAUGGCAGUGAAGGAAGAAACUCAGCAGCUGGAAGAGGAGCUGGAGGUCUUAAGAGAGAGACUGGCAAACCUUCAGAAAUCCCAGCUAAACGACUAUCAAGUCCAGAGUAAACAACCAGACCGAAGCAAACAGUUUGGGCUUUCUACUGCCGACAACAUUGUCGCUAACACUCCCCAGGAGUACAGCACCGACCUCAAGUCCUUCCCAUCCCGCAGCCCCUCGCAAGGGGACGAGGAAGACUCAGCCCUCAUUCUGACACAGGACAACCUGAAAAGCUCUGACCCCGACCUCUCGGCCGCCAGCGACCAGGAGUCUGGGGUGGAGGACCUGAGCUGCAGGUCCCCCAGCGGGGGCGGCUGCGUGCCCAGCGAGGACAGCGGCAAGGACUCCGACGAGGCCGUGUUUCUGGCCCUCUGAAACCCCUCCCCACAGCAAGGAUCGGGACAAAGAGGAGUCUCUGAGGGUCUGGAAUGACAUCCUUCCACGGGAUGGAGACCCAGAGUGCUCUGUGGCCUAGAGAAAUAAUCCAAAGAAAGGGAACCGUGCAAUUGUGUCCGUAGGGAGCGAAGCAGAACAAGCCAUUAGUAGUUUUAAGACAUAAUGCUAAAGAAAGGUAAUUAUCUGCUGUUAUAUUUAGUUAAGCCAAUGUUGUAUUUGUUUUGACUUUAUCGAUGCUGUACAUAAUUAUUCCUAACUUUGUACAUUUCCAUAAUUAUUUAUUGUACAAAGUAAUAGUUUUUCUCCAAAGACAUGAAAUUCCAAAGUACUCUCUUACACCACGGGACGAGGCUGAAGAUUCAUGAGCGUUGGCCUUACCGGGGAAGCAGGCAAAGCUUAUUUUUGUAGAGCUCCUUUGCCUUCAGACAGAUUGGGUAUGUUCUGCUUUUUUUUGUGUGUGCGUGGUUUUUUUUUGGUUGGUUUGUUCGUUUUUGUUUUGUUUUGUUUUUCCAGGGGAGAUGCUAAAUUUUGAAUUCCAACAAUUAUCUGCCAUCUCCUCCUACUAGAAUCCUUUAGGGCAAAUGAAAACUAACAGAAGGGACACGCUUGUUUGGGGGACGAAGGAAGCUUUGAUCCUGCAAAAAAAUACCCUUUAAUAAGGGCUGAGGACCCCCCCGCGGGUGAGGGCAGCCCCUUUUCAUCUCUUACCCUCAUCCCAAACCACCCACGUAAGGGACAAACAUACAAUUUUAAAGGUAAUAAAGCCCCCAAUUCCCCACAGCCUAUUUUGAUUCCUAUUUGAAGAUGUUUUAUCUGCCCGGGAGUUUUAUCUGCAGUAGGGAGAAUCAGGAAUCCAAAAUUACUUGUAAAAAAUCCCUUAUGAAAGCAUUGCUCCAAAAUUCAGAAUUAAAAGAAGGUUAUGCCCAUAAAUGAGCUGUUAUAAAGCACGAUUCUUCCAAAUUUUAUUGUUGAAAAUAGACACAAAAUUUCCUUUUUAGUAUUUGCCAACCUGAAGGGAGCACGGCAAGGCUCAUUUAAGAAUAAGACUGAUUCACCUCAACAGGAGCUUAAUCUUGUUGAAUUUAAGAAUUUUCAUAGUUUUUAAGAGCAGGAGUAAUACCUUUCAUACUCCUGGGUAUGGAAGGAAACCACUGAAAAAUGUUUAAAGUUUGGGAUGUUUUGAAACUCGCUACAAAUGCUUCCAUAUCAGGGUAUAAUUCUUUCAAGGUUUUUCUUGUUUGGGUUUUUUGUUUUGGUGUUUGUUUUUGUUUUUUUUUUUAAUUAAAGCAGGCAGUUAAAUAUCUAAUUGAUAGGGCUGUCUUACCUGCUUGGAGAGGAGGUGGUCCUGAGCUCCGGGCAGGCAAAGCGGCAGUAACGUAAGUUUCCUUUGAUUGCGUUUCCUACUGCUCCUUCAAACACAGACUUAGAGGCAGAAUCAAAUUAUAGAAAUAAUAUACCUCAAUUUAGAAGCUUUAGAUUUGAUU